GCACGAUGGGAUGGAGUGCUGCUGUGUGAUGUAGGAUAUGUUGGAACACUUGUGGAAUAGAUUUUGGAGACUCUUUAAAACGGUUUGUGCACACGGGACCAGGGUCAGUUCGACACAUCGAGGACAUCAUCCAACACCUCAAUUUGCACACGAGACCUCACCACCAGCACCAGGAUCCCUACUACAAAAGUACUGACCCCACCAUCCAUCCCGAUCUCGACUUAUCAACCGUUUCCUACAACUUUGUUGGGGCGUGAACGAUGGCGUUGAAUGGAGAAAAAUGGGCCGUUAUGGGAAUGUUGGCCGUGAUUUCUAUCAUUUUGGGAUUUUUGCCAUACCUUCUUAUUCGAUGGACGAAAAAUACCCGGUUCAUCCGCGUGGAUUCAACCCCUUACAAAUUGGUCCUCACUGUACUCUCAUGUUUUGGAGCCGGCGUCCUGCUCUCCACCGCAGCCCUCCACCUUCUUCCCGAGGUCAGAGAGUCUCUCCUAAAAAUAGACUCUGUCUGGACCACGUUUGACGAACACUUUCCCGUCGCAGAAAUGAUUGCUCUGGGUGGAUUCGCACUCAUCUAUUUGAUCGAAGAGGUGGCCCACUUCAUCAUGGUGGACGGACACCAAGGUCACCACCACCACAACCCGAACUCUAUCGCACGCCACAACUCCAUCGCUCACGGAAUCCAUCUCCCAGAGGAGACUUGUGGCGGGGAUGGGAACGCAGAGUCCGGUCUGACCGUUCCUCACCACGGUCAUCACCAUUCUCACGGCGUGGCGCUCAAGAUGGAGUCGAGUUCCACGGUGGAGGAAUGUCCUGACGAGCAGAACAGUUUCGCUUCUUCCGUCCGAGCCCUCCUGACACUGAUUGCCCUCUCGUUCCACGAACUGAUGGAAGGGCUGGCCAUCGGGAUCCAAAAGGAGUCGGACAUGUGGGUCAUGUUCGGAGCCGUGGCAUCUCACAAAUUCGUGAUCUCAUUCUGUAUGGGGAUGGAGCUCAUCAACAGCCAGGCAGGUGUUCGCACUUUCGUCGGUUCGAUUCUAUUCUUUGGCGUGGUCACGAGUGUGGGAAUUGGCAUUGGAGGACUCAUCACCACCAGCUCCACGGACACGUUGAGCGUCGCAGUUAUCGAGGGUUUGGUGGUGGGGACUUUGAUAUACGUGGUGUGCUUUGAAAUUCUAAAUCGAGAGCGGGAUCGCAAGACAUAUUCCAUCAAAAAGGCCAGAGCUAUCGGAUUCAUACAAUUCCUAGCGUUGGGCGCUGGACUCGUGGCAAUGGGAUUGUUGGCCACAAUGAGCCAUGACCACGGCGGGGACGAUCACGGCCAUGACCACGAGGAUGACCAUGACCAUCCCACCACGCACCACGACGAUCAUGACCAUCCAACCACGCAUGACGAUCAUGACGGCCACACCCACUUUUGAAUAGCGAAGAUAUCCGCGAAGAUUAUUUAUUUACUAUAUGUUGCUCUUAAAUAGUUAUAUUUUUAAAGUUUUGUAUUCGAUAAGGACGUUUCUCUCUCAUAGAUUUACGAUAAUGAGUAUUUAGCUUCAAGUAAAGGCUCAUUCCAUUUGUAAGCAACACGUUUGAUCGAGUCCCAGAAAAUAGAGGUGCUAAACCCUGCUCGCUGGUGGUGGCUGCCUGACCAUGUAUUUUCUUCUCUUUGAUAUGAGAACACCACACAACUUAUGCUUUGUCAAUGUUCCCGGCCACGUAGGAACACAGAAUUAUUUACUGCUGUCUACACAAGCAGCCCAUGUUAAUUUUACCUUUUCGAAAAAUCGCCAAAACUCCAAGACGGACAAAAAUCGCGUGGGGUUUUAAACGUUUUUGUUUCCUCAGGCCCAAAGGCAUCGAUUGGCUUAUCUCCCUAUAAGCGAUUUUUGUCCGUCUUCUCGAUAAUCGAGUUUUUCAAUACAUUUUAAAUUUCUGAUUUUUUUGAAUUUUUGAAUUUUUUAAAAUUUUUCCUAUCAAUAAAUGAUCAAUGAAUGAAAUCCGUAAAUGUAACCUACCCCUUUGAACCUAAACUUUGGCGACAAAAGCAUUUUCAAUGCAUUUGCAAAUUUUCUUUCAACUGCAGUAUCUUUGCGAAAAAAAUUAAUUUUCAAAUUUUGAUUUUUAUGAUAUGUUUUAUUUUAUAUUAUGCAUCUCUGAUACGAUUGGGGACAAGAUAUAAAAUAUGGGUGCGACGACGAUCGUGUGGGUUGAGAUGGAAUGAGCCUAAAGUAGUGUCGAAAUACGAAACAAUUCGCCAUUUAAUAAAAGCGUGUCUUUAAUUUUACAUGUA